CGUCAUCUCCACGAUUUUGCACUAUUUACAGGUCGUCAGUACUGGCUGUGAACGAGUUGGGUCUAAAAGACCAUCAUUAAUGGACAUUUGGACAUUCUAAAAGCUGAGCAUUCUCGGCUACAUUAUAACCUUGGACUAUAAUUCACGCAGUAAAGUCAAAUUGUAUAAAGAAAGGCAGAAAAUUCAUCACAUUUAAUCAUGUACUAUCAGGAAGCUGACAAAUAUGGCGGAGCUACAGAAGAUCCCUUUGCGGAUUCUUCUGCCAUGUCUUUCUCCGAUGUCUCCAUUCGAGCUGGCUUUAUCAGAAAGGUAUACUCCAUUUUAUUAUGUCAGCUGGCAGUUACCAUUUCUUUUAUAUGCUUUUUCCUCUAUUGCGAGCCAGUGAAGCAUUAUGCAUUGACACAUCCUGGAUUGUUUUAUGGUGCUUUAGCUGUCACAUUUGUAACUAUGAUUGCAAUGGCUUGUUGUGAAGGGGUCAGACGGCAAUUCCCAACAAACCUUAUCUUCUUGACCUUAUUUACAAUUUGUGAAGGAUAUCUUCUUGGAGCAGUGUCAAGUGUCUAUGACAAAGAUGAAGUCCUCAUGGCUGCAGGAAUCACCACAGUUGUGGUCCUUGCUAUUACAAUUUUUGCAUUCCAGACAAAGUAUGACUUCACUAUGAUGGGAGGAUUUCUUUUUGUGGCUCUCAUUGUUCUCAUCUGCUUUGGCUUUCUUGCUAUCAUUUUCCACAACAGGGUGGUGAACAUUGUCUAUGCUUCUCUUGGAGCACUCCUCUUUGCUUUGUACCUGGUGUAUGACACCCAGAUCAUGAUGGGUGGAGGCAAGAUGUAUGCUAUUUCACCUGAGGAGUACAUCUUUGCAGCUCUGAACCUGUAUCUUGAUAUCAUCAACAUGUUCCUUUACAUCCUGCAGCUUGUUUCAGCUGCUUCAGGAAGCAAGUAGUCAUACUAUGGCUACAAGUACAUGACAAAGGACUAAUCUACAUCAGAUUGUGCUUCUGUCUGUGGCUUAUCAAGAUUAUGCUUAUAAGGGCAAUAGAUGACAAUUAUGUUAGUAUUUUCACAGAGAGCACACAUUCUUCGUUCUUGUGUCAGUAUAUUACAUUAUAUUAAUAAGGGCCUAAUAAUAAAUCGCUUCUUUAUAAGAUUUUCGGAAAAUCCAAAAUUGUUUUUUCCUACCUUUUUUAUUUUUCCUUCUCUUCUCUAGAACUAAGUUUUGGUUCAAUACUCCAGUUUCGACUUCUCUUUUACACAGCAUUAGCCUCAAUAGCAUGUAAAUAGAGUACAUAUCAUAUAGCCACUAAAAAAACUAUCAAAUUUGUACAAAUUAGUGCAAAGUAUUGUAGGUCUACGGUUUAAAGUGCAAACAAUAUAACCGUGAAACUUUAGUAAUACUAAAUAGCACAAUUUCAAGCAAAUUCCAUUGUUUUCCAUCGUUUACUUAGCACUAUUUUGUACUAUUUAGUAAUUAGUGUUUCAUGGAUUAUACUGAACUUACUAAUUUAUAUGAUUUCCUACUAAGUUUUUCACGGAUAUAUGGUAUGCACUUUAUCAUUUAGUAUUAGUAGCAGCCUGUGGUAAUCUUGUGAGGAAUGCUACCAAAUAUGCUUGCUGUAACAUUCUGACACAAAAACCAAGCUUGGUCCCCCUGUUGUAAUUUAAUGAUAAAAAAUGUUCAUAUAUUAAUAUAUUAAGGUAGUGAUUCAAAACACUAAUCUAAAUGUGAUAGCUUGGCCUUGUUGUCAGAGUUAGAAAUGGUAACGUUUUCACUGAUUUUGUGCAACAAGUUACUGCGAUUUUUAUAAACAUGCAACUCUGCAAGCUGCACUGUGAAAUCAGUUGGUACCUUUCAUAUUGAGUGACUGGAGGCAGCAAAAAAAAAAACAAAUUUCAGCGUGCAGCUCGCAGACACAGAGUUCGCAUGUUCAUGAAAAUUGCAGUAAUAGAGUGCACACAAUAAACCUGUGAAAAACUAAGUUACUUAGCACAACAUAGUGCUAAUUAGUCUUGUGGUAUGUAAUGGUAAACAUGCAUGUGCAAUAAGUGACAGGUUUUAGGUUAAUUUAUCAUGUGCAUAGUACUCUCUAGCAUAGACGAUAAGAGGAGUAAGCCCUUAUUUCGUCCAUGUGAUUAGAUAGUUGAGUUUUUCGAGUGUUUGGUUUGUGCUUUGUAGGUAGGAGUACUAUUGCUUUCAAAGCUUCCAGAGGAGAAUACCACAAAUACAAAUACAAGGRAAUGAUUUUUAAAAAUUCUUAUAUCCCGCUGUAGACCUCCAGAUCCCUAUAGCAGAGGAGUAAUCCCAAAGAAAACUUUAAAAGUAAAAAUUGUAACAAAUUGGUGCACGUCAGGUGCACACUGAGCUGUUUCAAGUGUUCAAUAAAGAAAAACAAAUCGAAAGUAA